UAAUAUAUCUUAUUCAGUCUUGUGAUACGGCUCAAGCUAUGCUGACACGUUUAUUUUCUCGAACGAAUGGCUCUGAGCAGCGCAAUGGUAAUAUCACAAUUUUCGAGGACUAUAUUUUAUUGAACGGAAAAAGUUUACACAUUCUGUCUGGAGAAUUACAUUACUUCCGUGUACCGUGGGAGUACUGGGAGGAUCGACUGUGCAAACUGAAGGCAGCUGGACUCAACACCGUGUCCACAUACGUGGAGUGGAGUUUCCAUGAGCCCGAGGAGCGGUUGUAUUCCUUUGCAGGCGAUCGGAAUGUGUCGCAGUUCAUACGAACUGCAGGCGACCUCGGCUUGUACGUUCUACUAAGACCAGGACCAUACAUCUGCGCUGAACGAGAUUUCGGUGGUUUACCUUACUGGCUUCUUAGUAAAUAUCCCUACAUAAACCUACGCAGUCAGAACCAAGAAUUCAUGAUGGAAACUAGAAUUUGGAUGAAAAAAUUGUUUAAACAACUAUCUCCGUAUUUAUUUGGAAAUGGAGGACCUGUUAUUAUGAUUCAGGUGGAAAACGGGUACGGUAGUCUAUCCAAUAACAAGAGCUAUAUGCGGCGACUUCGUGAUAUCAUCAGCACUUAUGUUGAUCACAAUGCCUUGCUCUAUACUGCUGAUGGGUCGGCCUAUUUCUAUAAAGAAGGCUCUAUCGAAGGUGCACUUCCAACUCUCAACAUGGGUGCAGACACUGAAAACAUAUCAGAAUACUUGGAACCUCUAUACAACUUCACAAACGGUGGACCCCUUAUGAAUUCUGAGUUCUAUGUUGGUUGGUUAACACUAUGGAGCGCUCCCUACACCGCCGUUAUAUACACUAGUACAAUUAUAAAUACGCUGAAGCAAAUUCUUAGAUACAAACGCGCCGUGCAUAUUAAUUUCUACAUGUUCUGUGGAGGCUCUAACUUUGAAGUUUCUUCAGGGGCCUUAGAGCAUAAUGGUAUGUAUUUACCUGUUGCGACCACUUACGACUAUGAUGCGCCAAUUUCGGAGUUCGGCAACCUAACACCUAAAUACUAUGCUAUAAGGAAAGUUUUGGAGAAGUACAGGCCGAAAAUUGCCACUAUACCUGUUCCUCCGCCUACAAUGACAGCUGAAUACGGGACAGUUAAGCUUCGACCUUGUUUAAAACUAUUCUCCGACAAAGGAAGACGGAUAAUGGGAAAAAAGUAUAGUGACGUUGAGGGACCGCUCCUGCCGACCUUUGAACAGCUACGUCAGCGCAUUGGUCUGAUGCUUUACGAGACUACGAUCGAUGUAGUAAUGACAUCUGCUGUCAAUGUUCAAAUCGAAAAACCUCGAGACAGAGUAUAUGUUUACGUAAAUGGAAUGCUCCGUGGUAUAGCGGAUAGAAUGACACGUGAAACAGAAAUAACUGUAGGUCCAAUUGCGAUGAGUACCAUCAGGCUAUCUUUCCUCGUCGAAAACCAAGGCCGUCUCAAUCAAAAAAUAUCAAUGAACUCCGAAUUUAAGGGUAUCUUGAGUCCAGUUUUAUGGGACGACAAAAUCCUGUCUGGUAAAUGGUCGGUGACUGGGUUUCCAUUAACAACGAGAAGGAAAUCGUGUGAAUUGUUCAAUGACAUCUAUUAUAAAUCCUUGUUGAAGCGAGGCCCUGUGGUGUAUGUGGCUAGAUUCACAUUGCCACGCGGCAUGAAACCUUUGGAUACAUUCUUCUAUCCUACUGGUUGGGGAAAGGGCUACGUGUGGGUGAACGGACGUAAUCUGGGCCGGUACUGGCCAUCAGCAGGUCCACAGAUCACGCUCUACUUGCCCGCAGUGUGGCUGCGCGCUGCACCUGCUCAAAACAUCAUUCUUCUCCUUGAACUCGAACGAGCGCCUCAAAAUCUUACCGUCGAAUUUAUUAAUCAUCCUUUAAACUACUAA